AAGAAGAAAUUAAACAUCCCAGAAUAUAAUGGCGAUUAGUAUGACUCGCAUUCUCCGUGCUAAGCAGGGCCUCAGAAGGUCUUCUUCAAGAACAAACAGAGAAAGUGAGGUUCCUAAGGGGCACUUUGCAGUUUAUGUUGGUGAGAGCGAGAAGAAGCGUUUUGUCAUUCCAGUUUCCUACUUGAAGGACCCUUCUUUCCAAGACUUGCUGUGCCAAGCUGAGGACGAAUUCGGAUUUGAUCAUCCAAUGGGUGGACUCACAAUACCUUGCUUGGAGGAUACGUUUCUUGACAUCAUCUCUAGCUCCAGUAGAUCUUGAGAUCGAGACUACAAACAGCUUAAUUAGCUAGAUUAAUUAGUGGAGACAAAUUUUUGUAGAAAAGAUCAUAUCAGAUCGAGUUUUAUUGUACAGUUACUUGUUUCCCUUAGCUUUUUGGUUGUCUCCCCAGGAUAAUUAUUGACAAAAAUACAAACACAUUAUUUUAAUUAGCAGAUCGAGAAAAUUUUAAUUUUGCACAACAUCAGAGAUUUCUUGUAA